GUUUCCCAGGGCUCUGGAGGAGAACAGCUGUGCUCCUAAUCACGAUCGCAAUGGGAAUGGAGAUUGCAGGGGACCGCAGGGGCCAGGUUCUCAUUCCCCAAAGCUUCCCCUUCAUCAUCCAAGAAGGCACUCAGGUCUGUCUGUGCAAGGCCCCUGGUAAAGUGCUGGGCUACCCAGUAAUUGGGUUCAGUAGCAGGAUGGCCUCAGAUUGAGGUCUCAGGGCCAAAGGACUGCCCCUCUCCCCAGCGUGGGUCCAGGAAAGACAGGCUCCAGGCGGGAGCACACGCCGCGCCCCCAGAGCCUGGCUCCCUCGCCACGCCCACUUCCUGCCCCCAUCCCGCGCCUUUCCAGGUCUUCUCCCGGUGAACCGGAUGCUCUGUCAGUCUCCUCCUCUGCGUCCUCGGCCGAGGCCCGUGUCCCUAGCAAAGCCGCUGCCACCCCGGAGGGCCCAGCCAGUGGGCUCCCGGAGGCUGGCCUGGCAGGCGUGGUGCGUGGUAGGAGCUGGGCGCGCACGGCUACCGCGCGUGGAGGAGACACUGCCCUGCCGCGAUGGGGGCCCGGGGCGCUCCUUCACGCCGUAGGCAAGCUGGGCGGCGGCUGCGGUACCUGCCCACCGGGAGCUUUCCCUUCCUUCUGCUGCUGCUGCUGCUCUGCAUCCAGCUCGGGGGAGGACAGAAGAAAAAGGAGAAUCUUUUAGCUGAAAAAGUAGAGCAGCUGAUGGAAUGGAGUUCCAGACGCUCAAUCUUCCGAAUGAAUGGUGAUAAAUUCCGAAAAUUUAUAAAGGCACCACCUAGAAACUAUUCCAUGAUUGUUAUGUUCACUGCUCUUCAGCCUCAGCGGCAGUGUUCUGUGUGCAGGCAAGCUAAUGAAGAAUAUCAAAUACUGGCAAACUCCUGGCGCUAUUCAUCUGCUUUUUGUAACAAGCUCUUCUUCAGUAUGGUGGACUAUGAUGAGGGGACAGACGUUUUUCAGCAGCUCAACAUGAACUCUGCUCCUACAUUCAUGCAUUUUCCUCCAAAAGGCAGACCUAAGAGAGCUGACACUUUUGACCUCCAAAGAAUUGGAUUUGCAGCUGAACAACUAGCAAAGUGGAUUGCUGACAGAACGGAUGUUCAUAUUCGGGUUUUCAGACCACCCAACUACUCUGGUACCAUUGCUUUGGCCCUGUUAGUGUCACUUGUUGGAGGUUUGCUUUAUUUGAGAAGGAACAACUUGGAGUUCAUCUAUAACAAGACUGGUUGGGCCAUGGUGUCUCUGUGUAUAGUCUUUGCUAUGACUUCUGGCCAGAUGUGGAACCAUAUCCGUGGACCUCCAUAUGCUCAUAAGAACCCACACAAUGGACAAGUGAGCUACAUUCAUGGGAGCAGCCAGGCUCAGUUUGUGGCAGAAUCACACAUUAUUCUGGUACUGAAUGCCGCUAUCACCAUGGGGAUGGUUCUUCUAAAUGAAGCAGCAACUUCGAAAGGAGAUGUUGGAAAAAGACGGAUAAUUUGCCUAGUGGGAUUGGGCCUGGUGGUCUUCUUCUUCAGUUUUCUACUUUCAAUAUUUCGUUCCAAGUACCACGGCUAUCCUUAUAGUGAUCUGGACUUUGAGUGAGAAGAUGUGAUUUGGACCAUGGCACUUAAAAACUCUAUAACCUCAGCUUUUUAAUUAAAUGAAGCCAAGUGGGAUUUGCAUAAAGUGAAUGUUUACCAUGAAGAUAAACUGUUCCUGACUUUAUACUAUUUUGAAUUCAUUCGAUUGUGAUCAGCUAGCUUAUUCUUGUGUACUUUUUUUAAACUGUGGGUUUUCCUAGUAAAUUUAAUUUAUAGAAAUCAAUGGUAGCAUUUAGUAAUCUACAAAGGAAAUAUCCAAGUGUUUUUCAAGCCUAUUAUAUUCAGUGUGUGCCACAGGAUUGAAAUAAAUGACAAUGUAAUUAUGAAUUCAUGUUUUAGAACUGUUGACUCAUUAGGAAAGGACUGCAAUGUUAGUAAAGAAAACCUAUGAAAUGUAUGUUAAAGAUUCUUAGUAUUGUACAGGGAUAAAGCAAAUGCAUGAAAAUAUGUCAUGUACUGAAAAUUAAACUUACUGCAGUUUCAGUUAUAAAGGACGUGCACUGUUA